GGCGGUCCCGGGCAUGGGGCUGCGGGCGCGAGCCGCGGGCGGGCGCUGCGGCCCGGGCUGGCUGCGGGCGGCGGCGUGAGCGGCCGGGACGCAGGAUGCGCUCCGAGGGCGCGGCCCCCGGGCCGGUGGCGCCGCUGUGCGGGGCGCUGAGCCUGGUGCUGGGGGCGCUGCUCGGCAAAGUGAUCGAGGGCCGCGGCGUGCCCGAGGACGUCCAGCGCCUAGCCGCCUCGCCGCCGCCCUACCUGCCCGUGAGCUUCCGCGUGCUGGGCGCCGAGGCCGCCUUCCUGCUGAGGAGCCCGGAGCCCGCGGGGGCCGCGCCGACCCACAACUGCAGCCUGCGCUCGCGCGCCCAGGCCUUCUUCGCCUUCCGCGCGCCGCGGCCGCCGCGGGUCAGCGCCAGCUACGGGCCCUUCGCCGUGGAGAAGGCCGUGCCGCCGGACCUGCUGGCGCGCUCCCACAAUGGCGAGCCGGGCCCCGCCUGGAGGCUGCGGGCCUCCGUGCUGCGCGCCCGAGUCUCGGCCAGCCGGCCCCGGCUCCAGGUCCUGUUCCACGUGGCGGGCCGGGCCUGGGGCGAGCCCCGCGCCGGGGAACGGCUGCCCUGCGUGCGGCUCUGGGCCUUCCGCGACGCCCGCCAGCUGCAGGGCGGCUGCCGGCCUGCAGGGCCGCUGGGGCUGUGCGUGGCGCAGCUGGAGCUGCCCGCCGGCUGGUUCGGGCCCGCGGUGGCGGUGGCAGCGACUGCGGGCAGGAGGCGACCUCAGACCCAGGCCGAGGGCGGCUCGGUGGAGCUCUACUACGCAGUGCUGCCCGCGGACGAGCGCGGGGACUGCGCCGCCAGGGACCCACGCCAGGACAACGCCAUCCGGCCCGGCAAGGACGUCCCGGGAGAGAGGCCGAUGCACCUGCGCAGGAUUGGCACCGUGGACCUGUCCCCUGCCCAGGACGGGGCCCAGCUCAGUGCGCUGCGCCUGGACCGUAACGUGGUCGUCUGGCUGCCCUCCAGGCCGGCCAAGCUAGGGGAGGUGGUCACGGCGCACAUCACCGUCUCCAGCGAUGCCCCCGUGGAUUUCUUCAUCCUAAGAGCCAAGGUGAAGAAGGGAGUGAAGAUCCUGAGCGCCCAGAGCAGCGAGCCGCAGCACUGGGACGUCAAGCAGGAGGUGGGCUCCGGGGGCAAGCACACCUCCACCACUGUGACGUGCCAGCGCCUGGCCCGGGCCACACACAACAGGAGCAGUCCCUUCGAGGAGGUUGUGCAAAUGAACUUUGAGGUCGCCAGCUUCAGCAGCCUGUCCGGCAGCCAGCCCAUCACGUGGCAGGUGGAGUACCCACGCAGACCUCCCUCGGACACCACCAUCUCGGAGGUCUUCGUCAGCCAGAAGGACCUGGCCGGCAUCGUCCCCUUGGCCAUGGACACAGAGCUCCUGAACACAGCCGUGCUCACGGGAAAGACGGUUGCCUUGCCUGUCAAGGUGGUGUCGGUGGAGGAGAGCGGCGCCGUGCUGGACGUGUCUGAGUUGGUGGAGUGCAAGUCCACGGACGAGGACGUGCUCAAGGUGUCGGACCGCUGUGACCAUGUCUUCGUCAAUGGCAAAGAGAUCAAGGGUAGAGUGGACGUAGCGGUGAACUUCACCUACCAGCACCUGAGUGCCCCACUGCAUGUGACCGUGUGGGUGCCCCGGCUGCCCCUGCAGAUCGACAUCUCGGACACAGAGCUGAGUCAGAUCAAGGGCUGGAGGGUCCCCGUCGGGGCCAGCAAGAGGCCCACGCGGGAGAGUGAGGAGGAGGAGGAAGAGGAGCGGCGGGGCCGGGGCUGCACCCUGCAGUUCCAGCGUGCCACCGUACGGGUCCUCACGCAGUUUGUGUCCCAGGGGGCUGGGCCCUGGGGCCAGCUGAGCCACCUGCUCGGUCCCGAUUGGCAGUUCGACGUCACCCACCUGGUGGCAGACUUCAUGAAGCUGGAGGAGCCUCACGUGGCCACGCUGCAGGAUGGCAGGAUCCUCGUGGGCCGGGAGGUCGGCAUGACGACCAUCCAGGUGUUGUCCCCGCUGUCGGACUCCAUCCUGGCUGAGAAGACAGUCACCGUGUUGGACGACAAAGUGUCGGUGACAGACCUGGCCAUCCAGCUUGUGGCUGGGCUGUCAGCCACCCUGCAUGCUGACCCAGAGAACAGCCAGGCCAUCACGGCCGUGGCCACGGCUGAGGAGCUGCUGCGGACCCCCAAACAGGAGGCAGUGCUCAGCACCUGGCUGCAGUUCAGCGACGGCUCGGUGACACCUGUGGACAUCUAUGACGCCAAGGACUUCUCCCUGACCGCAACCUCCUUGGAUGAGGCUGUCGUGUCCGUCCCCCAGGCCCGCUCCCCCAGGUGGCCUGUUGUGGUGGCCGAAGGGGAGGGCCAGGGGCCGCUGGUGCAAGUGGACAUGACCAUUGCUGAGUCCUGCCAGAAAUCCAAACGCAAGAGUGUGCUGGCUGUGGGCAUCGGCAGCAUCCAGGUCAAGUUCGGACAGAGCCGCCCGGACGCUGGUCCAGCAGGGGACGACGACGACGAGGAAGAGAUUGAGAACCGCGCCAGCGACCGCAGGCACAAGACUCAGGACCACGAGCGCCAGGGCCAGGACGGGCGCUUCCUGGGCAGCUCGGCCAUGGAGCGGGAGGAAGGGGCUCUCUGGAGAGUUCCUGGCACAGCCACGUCGCCCCUGGACAGCGGGGUGGGGAGGAACAGCCGGCUGGCCGGGGAGGCGCGGAACAUCCCCAUUGUCUUCACCCACCUCCCAGCGCAGGCGGAACUGCCCGCGGGGGCCGGGCUGGCGGGCGGCGACCUGCUGCAGGCGCCCCGGGGCCUGAGCGACCUGGAGAUCGGCAUGUACGCGCUGCUGGGCGUCUUCUGCCUGGCCAUCCUAGUCUUCCUCAUCAACUGUGCCACCUUCGUCCUCAAGUACCGGCACAAGCAGGUGCCCCUGGAAGGGCAGGCCUCCGUGAGCCACUUGCACGACUGGGUGUGGCUGGGCACCGAGGCGGAGCUGCUGGACAAUGGGGCGGAGGUGGCGCCGCCCCAGGACCAGCACACCACUGUCCUGGACCGCAGGCUGAGGGUCCCCCAGGAAAGCAGCUGCCUUCCACUCGAAGGGGGCGCCCAGAAGCAGGUGCAGGGCCAGGUGCACAGGCCUCCCGAGGCGGGGAGCAGGCAGGAGGCCGCGCACUCGCCCACGUCCAGGCGGAAGAAGGUGCAGUUCGCCACCUUGACCACCAUCCAGCCGGACGACAGCUGUCCCACCGUCAACUCCAUUGUGGGCGGUCCCAAGGACGACAUCUCGUGGGUAUGCCCCAACGUGGAGGCGGGCGCCCCCAUGGACCUGAGCUGCUACCUGGAGAGACGCGAGGAGCCCGCGUAGGGCGCGGCCCGAGCGCCCAGUGUGCCAUCCUAGCUAGGGCUGCCAUUGGGCUAAGGGGCUUCUCUG